UGACAGUUCCAUUCCAAUUACCGAAGAUACAACCCCUCUCAAUUUCCCUCUUCUCAAUUUAACCAUGGCGGAAGAAUUCGAAGAGUCCGAGGUAAUUUUCUCCGAUCAUGAUCACCAUCGUUACAGCACGCGUGAGGAGGAUGUCGAUGGAUAUUUUGAUUACCAAGAAAUGAGAGAUGGAAGGAGUGAAAAUAAUAAUAUUACCGAUAAUAUCGGGAAGAAGAAGAAGAAGAAGAAGAAGAAAACGAAGAUAACGAGUUCGCUUCCGGUGAAUAUACCUGCCCACGGAAUUUUUCGAUACGCGGCGGCGGAUGCGGAUGAUUUCGAGGAGGAGGAGGAGGACUGCGGCGGUGAAGAAGGGGAGAUAGUGCCGCCGCAUGUGAUAAUCGGGAGGAGGAUUGCCGGGAAAAUGGCGUUCUCAGUGUGCACGGGGAACGGGCGGACGCUCAAAGGAAGGGAUUUAAGCCAAGUUAGGAACACGAUUCUUAGGAUGACCGGGUUUUUGGAAACGUAAUGAUUUCAUUUCUUC